AACUCUGGUUCCAUUGUCACUAGAAUUCAGUUGAGUUCAGUUUUGCUAUACAGAAUGCAGUGGUUUUUGGUGUUGUCUGUUCUAGUUCUGAUCCUAGCCAAUUUGGCGGAAUCACGUCAAAUACGUAUCAAUCGUUAUGCGGUCAGUGUACAAGAGGAUGAUGAUAUUGCCUCACCGGCCACGGUACGUGAGGUUACACCCUAUCCGGCCUCUGGCUAUCGUCCAAAGGGACGUUCAUUCUGGCUGCCAGGUGAGGGAGAAGUCGGCUCUGGUGCUGGUCCCGCUUCGGAUUCCGAUUAUACCACCACAACAGAUGCUACAUGGGAUGAUAGUUACACUAGCACCACGGAAACUGUUGAUUUGAGCACCACCACAAAUGAUGCAGUGGAUGCCACUACCACCACAGAUUCACCAUUGCCUGUUGAUACUCGCUCUGGGCGAGCCUAUGUAAAGGCUCCAUAUCCAGCUGCUGGCUAUCGACCAAGCCGCGCUUUUCUUCUACCCACCGAACAGCAGCAACAACAACAGCUUCAAGAUGAUUCGCUGUUGGCCAACAACAAUGCAUCUACGAAUGCCAAUCAUCCAGUGUGUGGAGUCAGUACGAAUCCAUUGAAACCCACACCAGAACCCGGUUCGAAAGAUGAACCCGACUCGGAGAGUGUUGUGAUAACAGGAAAUUUGGGCCCAGCUGUCCUGGUGGCUAGUGCACCUGUUCCUCGUGCCAUUCCCGUUGCUAUUCCAUUGCGUUCCCAACCACUGCGUCAAGGGCCGCCAAGAGGAUUUGUCUACUCGACGCAUGUGGAGCAACGUUGGUGACCACGUUAAUUUUCGAAGUGAUUGAAGGAUCUAUUUUAUCGUUAACUGCUCAGUAUUUAUGAUUACUUUUAACAUUCAUUUCACUGACUUUCUUUAUAUUUUUUUU